GAAGAAGAAGAGGAAGAAGACGAUGAAGAAGAAGAGGAAGAAGACGAUGAAGAAGAAGAGGAAGAAGAAGCCUUCGUGUUUCUAUAAAAGAAGAAGAAAAAGAAGAAGAAGAGGGGAAGAAGAAGAACAGGAAGAAGAGGAUAAAGAAGAAGAAGCCUUUGUGUUUCAACAAAAGAAGAAGAACAAGAGGAAGAGGAAGAAUAGGAAGAACAGGAAGAAGCAGAAGAAGAACAAGAGGAAGGAGAAGACGCCUUCGUGUUUCUACAUAGGAAGAAGAACAAGAGGAGGAAGAAAAAGAAAGGGGAAGAAGAAGAGGAAGAAGAGGAUGAAGAAGAUGACGAAGAAGCAGCCUCGUGUUUCUUCAAGGGGAAGAAGAAGCCUUCGUGUUUCUACAAAAGAAGAAGAAGAAGAAGGAGAAGAAGAAGAAGAAGAAGAGAAAAAAGAGGAAGAGCAAGAAGAGGAGGAAGAGGAGGAGGAGGAAGAGGACGAAGAGGAAGAGGAGGAAGAGGAGGAAGAGGAGGAAGAGGAAGAGGAGAAAGAGGAGGAAGAAGGGGAAAAUAAAAAGAGGCCUAGGAGGAGGAGGAAGAAGAAGAGGAGAAGAGGAAGGGGAGGAGGAGAAGAGGAAGAGAAAGAGGGAGGGGGAGGAAGAGGAGGGAGGAAGGGCGAGGAAGAGGAGAAGAGGAGGAGGAAGGGGGAGGAAGAGGGAGAAAACGAGAAGGAAGAGGAAGAAGAAAGGGGAGAAGAGGAAAAGGAAGAAGGGGAGGAAGAGGAAGAGGAAGAGGAAGAAGAAGGGGGAGGGGAGGGGGGGGAGGAAGGGGAAGAGGGGGAGAAGAGGGAGGAAGUGGGACUGGAAGAAGAAGCCUUCGAAGAGGAGGAAGAGGAGGAAGACGAGGAGGAGGAGGAGAAGGAGAAGAGGACGGGGAGGAGGAGAAGAGGAAAAGGAGGAAAGGGGAGAAGAGGAGUUAGGGGGAGGAAGAGGGAGAAGAGGAGGAGGAAUGGAGAGAAAGAGGGAAAAGACGUGGGAAGAGGAAGGGGAAGAGGAGGGGGAGAAGAGGGAAGAAGGGGGAGGAUGAGGGAGAAAAGGGAGAAGAGGGAGAAGAAGGAAGAGGAAGAGGAGGACGAGAGAAGAAGGGGAAGUAAGAGGAGGAAGAGGGAGAAGACGAGGGAGAAGAUGAGGAGGAAGACGAAGAAGGGGGAGAAGACGAAGAAGAAGACGAAGGGGGAGGGGAGGAGGAGUAAGGAGGGCGGGGAGGAAGGGGAAGAGGAGGGGGAGGGAUAGGGAGAAGAGGGAGAUGAAGGAGGAGGAAUAGGAGGAGGAGGGCGAAGAAGGGGGAGGAAAAGGAGGAAGAGGGAGAAGAGGGUGGAGCAAGAGAACGAAGAGGAGGAAGAAAGGGGAGGAAGAGGAGGAAGAGGGAGAAGAACGCGGAGGAGAGGAGGAAGAGGCAGAAGAAGGGAGAAGAGGG